GCUGAGGGAGGGGCUGCGGAAUGAAGAGAGGGCUCGGUUCUGGGCGCGGAGACCGAAGACCGUGGUGUCCGUUUUCCCACGUGCAUCUCGUCAUUGGAUUGGGGCGGGUCACCAUCACAAACUCUUGAAUAAUACUCGUCUCCUAGUCUGUUUCCUCCGUUGUGAAAUCGCAGGACUUCCUUGUCUGCCUCGGGUCGUUGUGACUGGGAACUUGUUAGAAAUACAGGUUCUCUGCCCACACCCCAGACUUAUUGAAUCAGAAACUCAGGGGAUGAGGCCCCACCAUCAGUGUUUUAACAAGCUCUCCAGGUGAUUCUGAUGCUUGCUUAAAUUUCAGAACCACUGGGCUACCGUAAUGUAGCAAGCUGUACUGAGGGCCUUCUCAACCCAAGCUGAGAAAGUAAGAGAAAGAAAGGAGGGGGUGGACUUGAGAGAAGUCUUGGAGACAGACUCAGUUGCUUGAGGAGGAGUCAGGGGUGAAAGAGUUUCUGGCUUGGGCCACGGGCCUGAGGUGGGACCUUAAGAGAUGGCUCCAGGUGUCAACCACGUGUGCCCUGCCUCCAGGCCUGCACUCUUCCGCGCAGUCACACUAGGGCUCUGUGGCCGUGCCUCCCAGCCGUUUUCAGGUCAUAGGCCACAUAGGAAAUGAUAAUAUUUGUACAGUGCCCAGGGGAAAUGGAUGAAGCUGCUUGAGGUUGGAAGAGACCGGCUGGAGGAUUGAGGCUGCUGGAAGCUGGAGGGAACCACCUGGGGGGAUUUGAGCUUCCCAGAGCUGAGGGAAAUUAGUAACCUGUUCUCAGCAUACUGCAGAAGAGCUUUGUCCCAUGGGAUUUGCUGAAGAUUAGGGGUGCUCACUAAAUUUGGCAACAUAAAUCAAGAACCUUGAAAGAGUUUAUACCCUUUGACUCAGUAAUUCCAUUCCUGAAGAUCUCUCCCAAAUAUAUAACAAAAGAAAAGGAAGCCUUCUGUUGUAGAUUACAUACAACAGAGAAAAUUAACAACUCUCUGGAGAAUCGUUUUUGAUCUAGUCAGUCAAUGAAAUGUUGUACUGCCCUUAGGAAUGUGUGAAUAUUUUGUAAAAUCAUAAAGAAACCUACGUGCUCAUUAUUAGACAAUUGUCUAGUAAGCCCCUGCUCUGUGCUGAGUGGUGAGCGAGUUAGCUCCACAGAGCUGACUGCCUGGGGGAAGACCCAGCCGAAGGAGCAGUAACUCCAAAGAGUGAUUGGUGUUUGAUAGGGGAUCAGGGGCUGCUGCAGGAGAAGCUGGUCUUUGGAGUAUGGGGAGUGGGUCAGGAAAGGCAUCCUAGAAGACAAGGUGGCGCUCCUAAGGCCUGGAAGAUGAGUAGAUGUUGGUACGCAAAGGGGAGAGGAACAUUCUACGCAAAGGGAACUGUGUUUUAAUAAUGAGUGUGCUGAAGCUGGAGCACAGAGAGGGCACUGGUGAGAGGAGGCCAGAGGGGACCGGCGGCUUGCUCACAUGGGGCCAUGUGCACUGCGAAGGUGAGAAGGUUAGACCUGAUUCUAAGGGUAACAGGAAGCUGUUGGAGGAUUUUGAGCAAGCAAAGCUGUUGCUGUAUGUGUCUUGGAAGUAUCCCCUGUGGCUGCAGCGUGGAGAAUGGAUUGGAGGAAGGUGGGCCUGGAAGCUGGGAGCCCAAGUGAAGAGGCUGUUGCAAUAGCCCAGGUGAAGAAACUGAGCACAGAGGAGUUGAGUCACAUGUCCCAAGCUACACAGGGUGCAGUUAUUGGGAAGCUGGACUGGGAUCCAAGCUGCCUGAUUCCAGAGCCAAUGCUGUCACCACGCAUUGGUGUCUCCACAGCGGAUCCUUAACCACUGCGCCACGAGGGAAGUCCCGUAAACAGGAAAAUAUUGAUUUUUUUUUUAAACGGCAGUAAAUGGUGAAAGAAGUACAAUAGUACUUUGAUCUGCAAGGAUAUUAGAAAAGAAAGGAUUUGCAUCCACAAGAUCGGUGGUGGUUGUAGAAGUUUGUUGGCGAGCAGCCUGCGUUGACUACUGCAGGGUGUUGGAUCACAGUUAACACCUACGUCUUCUCGGCUCGUUUUUCUUCAGGCGCAAGUGCCUCCUUGCGCUGGGCUGUGAUGGAAGGGCUGCUGACAAGAUGCAGAGCGCUGCCUGCCUUGGCCACCUGCAGUCACCAGCUCUCAGGGUACGUUCCUCACAGGUUUCACCACCGUGCCCCAGGGAGAGGGAAGCGCUUGGUGCUGUCCCGCAUGUUCCAGCCCCAGAACCUUCGGGAAGACCAGGUGCUCUCUCUAGAGGGCAGAUCUGGCGAGCUGACCUGUAAGAGCCAGCGGCUGAUGCUGCAGGUGGGCCUGAUUCACCCAGCAAGCUCCGGCUGUUACCACCUCCUGCCUUAUACUGUCCGUGCCAUGGAGAAGCUUGUGCGGGUGAUAGACCAGGAGAUGCAGGCCAUCGGGGGACAGAAGGUCAACAUGCCCAGCCUCAGCCCAGCAGAGCUGUGGCGAGCCACCAGCCGGUGGGACUCGAUGGGCAAGGAGCUGCUAAAACUUAGAGACAGACACGGCAAGGAGUACUGCUUAGGACCGACUCACGAGGAAGCCAUCACAGCCCUGAUUGCCUCCCAGCAGACACUGUCCUACAGGCAGCUCCCGCUCCUGCUGUACCAGGUGACGAGGAAGUUUCGGGAUGAGCCCAGGCCCCGCUUUGGUCUUCUCCGAGGCCGAGAGUUCUACAUGAAGGACAUGUACACCUUCGACUCCUCCCCUGAGGCCGCCCAGCAGACCUACAGCCUGGUGUGUGAUGCCUACAGCAGCCUGUUUGACAGGCUGGGGCUGCAGUGCGUCAAGGUCCAGGCGGACGUGGGCAGCAUCGGGGGCACGAUGUCUCACGAGUUCCAGCUGCCGGUGGACGUCGGAGAGGACCGGCUUGCAGUCUGUUCCAGCUGCGGCUUUUCGGCCAACAUGGAGACUCUGGACUUGUCACCAACAAACUGCCCUGCUUGCCAGGGGCCACUGACCAAAACCAAAGGCAUCGAGGUCGGGCACACGUUUUACCUGGGCACCAAGUACUCCUCCGUUUUCAGUGCCCAGUUCACCAAUGUCCACGGCAAGCCAUCCCUGGCUGAAAUGGGGUGCUAUGGCUUGGGUGUGACGCGGAUCUUGGCCGCUGUCAUUGAAGCUCUCGCUACAGAAGACUGCAUCCGCUGGCCCGGCCUCCUGGCACCUUACCAAGUCUGCCUCAUUUCCCCCAAGAAGGGCAGUAAGGAGGAGGCGGCCGCAGAGCUCACGGGGCACCUGUAUGACCACAUCACAGAGGCAGUGCCGCAGCUCCGAGGGGAGGUCCUGCUGGAUGACAGGACCCAUCUGACCAUUGGAAACAGACUGAAAGACGCCAACAAGUUCGGCUACCCCUUUGUGAUCAUCGCGGGCAAGAGGGCCCUGGACGACCCUGCACAUUUUGAGGUUUGGUGCCAGAACGGCGGAGAGGUGGUCUUCCUCACCAGAGAGGGAGUCCUGGAAUUACUGAGCCAGGUGCAGGUUGUCUAAACGCCCCCGGGCCCCUCCCACUGCACCUCACAGUCUCGGUGUUCAUUCUAAUGCUGCCUUUCUUAUACUGCUUUCCAGAGCUGGUCGCCCCAGAAAGAGGGCAGCUCAUGGAAGGUGACACCAUGUUAGGAAAACCAGUUGUUAUCCAGUCAUCCAUUCGGACUGUUUGUAUUUAAAGUCAUUAUCUUGAUCCCUUUGUCUGGCUGGCCCUGCUGCCACAUAUCAUUCCUUUUAUAUUCUGUUUGGAGGUAGUGGCUAGGAGGAGCCAAGUUGUCGUCAUCUUGGCCCUCAGGAGAGUCACUUCCCUUCUCUCAGUGGAGUUUCCCAUGUGUAGGAUGGGGCCUCCCCAGUGGCCGAGGCCCUUCCAGCUCCAGCAGUCCAACCACGGGCCUCUUGCUGCAUUCGGUCCAGAGAGGCAGCCCGCCUGUCUUCCUCCAUUGAGAAGUUGGCCUGAUGGUCUGGGGAGAAGAAUCAGGACACCUGACUGCCACUGACUCACUGGAGACUUGGACACGACCCCUCCCCUGCUGGUGCCUCAGUUUCCCCAUCUGUGAUGUGAGAAAAUGGAACUAGAUCUGUAAGGUCCUUACAGCUGUGACUGGCUGGUUCCCCGAGAGGUUCAUGACAGGCAGAUCAGAUCUGAUCUGUUCCUCGGAUCCUCCAUCGUCUAAGCUACCCAGAAGGUAAAUACAAUUAGCUAAUUGCCCCCAAACCACCUCCAGAGACCUGGCCCUUCCUCUUGGGGUGGCUUAGCACUGAGAUCAUGUUACAUUGAUUGAAUAAAGUCAAACUAUUGGGA